CGCUCCACUCUGCCGUUUGCGACGGUAAGCACCGCAGACGCACGCACCCACGCGGACACAUACAGUCUCUCACUCUCUCUCUCGCUGCCGGCGGCUGUUCCUGCGAGUCUCGGCUGCAUUUCGAGUCCGAAGUCGUGAUUCUUUCUUAGGGUUUCUUCUUCAAAGUUUUCAUCUGAGGUCGCAGAGAAAUGGCGGGUCGUUCUGGUUCGCUUCUCCGAUCUGUGAGAUCGUCGAUGGGGUCCUCGCGAAAUGCUUGGCGCCGUGAUGAUGCCCACUUUGGCCAGCCUCACCGCUCAUUUUUCACAAUCAACAGUGGCAGAACCGUGGGACAAUUGGGCAGCAACCACUUGCCAAUGCCGAUUCAGGCAGGUUAUACGAGACAGGGUGUUUUUGCGAGUAACUCUUGUUCGUGGAACAUAUUGCACAAUUCGGCAUUCGGCAAUUUCUUGUCUCAGCAGCGAAGAACUUUCAUUCAGAUGGGGACUAUCCUCAAAGUCGUGGACAAUUCAGGGGCGAAGAAGGCGAAGUGCAUCCAAGCUUUGAAGGCGGGAAAGAAAGGCGCAAGACUAGGAGAUACCAUAAAGGUAUCUAUCAAGGAGGCCCUUCCCAACGGGAAAGCGAAGAAAGGGGACAAAUUCAGUGCCAUAGUCGUGCGCGCCGCCAUGCCGCGCGGCCGCUGUGACGGCAGCGAGAUCAAGUUCGACGACAACGCCUGUGUCCUCAUCGUGAAUAAAAGCAAGGACAAAGACCCUGUGGGGACAAGGGUGUUUGGGCCGGUUCCACACGAGCUGAGGAAGAAGAGCGUAAAGAUCUUGACCUUGGCGGAGCAUAUCGCAUGAAGAAAUCGUAGUCGUAAUGUGUAAUGAGGUUCCUAAACACUGCAGUGAUGUCUGGAUCCGUUUCACAAGGAAGUGCUUUUGUCCCUCUUGAGCAGCUUUGAACUGUUCUUGCAUCUGAAGUGAUCUUGUUUGGAUUAAAGAGAGAAGAACUCCCUCCCUCUCUCUCUUUGAGAAAAACUCGUAUUGAAGUUGGAGUAGGCAACUACUUUGAGAAUUUAUA